AUGGGCUCCGAGGAGAACUGGACACCCGGAGAAUUGGAGAGGAGAGGUCAGGGCCAGCUCCAGACAAGGGGGUUGCUGCGGUUGGAUUUAGAGUCCUUUGGCCUGGAACUGCCAUUCAUGGGCUAUGAAUCCACCUCCCUCUGGCACUUGUUCGUGCCUCCACCCUCCAUUUGUGUGCAGGGAACUCGGGAGAGGCCAUCUCAGAUCCUUUUGGUAAAAUCCAGACACUCCUUUGACUUCUGUGACCAGAGGACGCACCCUCCUCAGAUCAAAUGCAAGAUCCCAGUCUGCAUGUGGCAUGCACAGUUUUUGGCCAUUAACCCUGAAGAGGGCUGCCUGUUGGACUGCCGGGGGGCCCAGUUCUCCCCACGACUGAGUAGGGAACACAGCGAGGAGGGGAACGCAGCCCCUGGUUUGGAGCAGGCCUCCCCAACCCGCCGUGUGAGACGAAAUGGUGGUCGGACACUGCGUGACAGCCCACAGUCCGCAGCAACAGAGCUGGCGUGCAGGGACAUGGGGAGGUCGGAUGAUGAACAUCACGUGUUGGGCAGCCGGGAUUGCUUGCCACCUGCAGUGUCCUUCCGGAGGCGGCGGCGGCUGGCACAGAGGCCAGGCUACAUGAGAAGCUCGGCAGGGCCCGGGAUCGGGUUCCCGUCCCCCGCGGUGGGCAUGCUGUCCCGGGUCCCGGGAGGGGUGUGUGGCGAGGAGUCCCACCGCUCUGAGUCCAGGGCCGGACAGCGCAGCCUCGACCCAGGGGGCCAGCGUCCAGGCCUCUUGGUCAGGAGCACAACAGCCCCUGCUGUGACCCCUGUGGGCCACCUAGGCCUGGCUCUGGCCGCUGCGAGAGGAAGCUCAGCACGCUUUGGGACUCAGCGCAGAGCUGGCACCGGACUGCCCGACAGGCCAAGCGGGGCCUGUGGCCCUGGGCACGCCAGGUGUCAGCAAGAGUUUUCAUCCAUGGACGGUCCCGAGGCCCCGCACGCUAGCUGGGACACAGCCCGCCUGGAAGGGGCAAGGGGCACCCAGGCAGCAGGCCCUGUGGCACCAGCGGAGUUGAGUGGCACCAGCUGCAGCCUCGGAAGUGGCCGCUCAGCCCGCUCAGUCCCUCCCUGCAACCACGAUGCCUUCACCUCCAGCUUCAGCUUCAUCCGGCUCUCCCUGGGCUCGGCCGGGGAGCGCGGGGAGGCGGAGGGCUGCCCGCCGUCCAGAGAGGCCGAGUGCCAUCGUCAGAGUCCCCAGGAGGUGGGCGCCAAGGCCGCCAGCUCGGACAGGCCCCACGAGGACCCUCGAUACCUCUCUUGGCCCUUGGAUCUCUCGCCUGCUCAGGGCUCGGCGGACCCCGCCCGGGCUGCAGGGCCAGAGCAUGAGAUGCCGUCUAGCCUGGACGUGGACGCUGGCUCCUCCUGGUCCCCGGAUCCCCUGCUGGCUGGCUGCAGAGGUGACGAGGGCAGCGGCUCAGGGGACGCCCAUCCCUGGGACGCCCUGCUCAGGAAGUGGGAGCCCGUGCUGCAGGGCUGCCUGCUGAGCAGCCGGAGGCAGGUGGAGGUCACUUCCUUAAGAUUAAAGCUUCAGAAACUUCAAGGAGCAGCAGUCGAGGAUGACGAUUAUGAUAAAGCGGAGAUGCUAAAACAAAGAUUAGAAGACCUGGAACAAGAGAAGAGCAGCCUGCACUUUCAGCUUCCUUCCAAGCAGCCGUCUCUGAGCAGCUUCCUGGGUCACCUGGCGGCCCAGGCCCAGGCCGCCUUGCACCACCGGGCAGCUCGGCAGGCCAGCAGUGAUGACAGCCAAGCCCCACUCAGAAUGGAGCCCUGGCCGUUGGAACCCACUGCUCAGGACAACCUGCGUGUGUCCGUCACGAGGCGAGACUGGCUUCUUCAGGAGAAGCAGCAGUUACAGAAAGAAAUCGAAGCUCUCCAAGCAAGGAUGUCUGUGCUGGAAGCCAAAGAUCAACAGCUGAGAAGGGAAAUAGAAGAGCAAGAGCAACAGCUCCAGUGGCAGGGCUGUGACCUGACUCCCCUGCUGCGGCGGCUGUCCCUGGGCCAGCUGCAGGAGGUCGUCAAGGCCUUGCAAGACACCCUGGCCUCAGCCAAUCGGAUUCGCUUCCGUGCGGAGCCACCGGAAACCAUAAAGAGCCUCCAGGAAAGAAUAAAAUCCCUCAACUUGUCACUUAAAGAAAUCACUGCUAAGGUGUGCGUGAGUGAGAGGCUCUGCAGCACUCUGAGGAAGGAAGUUAAUGACAUUGAAACCCAACUCCCAGCCUUGCUCGAAGCCAGAAUGCUCGCCAUAUCAGGAAACCAUUUCUGUACAGCUAAGGACCUCACCGAGGAGAUUAGAUCAUUAACGUCAGAGAGAGAAGGGCUGGAGGGACUCCUCAGCAAGCUGUUGGUGCUGAGUUCCAGGGAUGGCAAAAAGCUGGGAAGUGUCAAAGAAGAUUACAACAGACUGAGAAGAGAACUGGAAUGCCAGGAAACGGCCUACAAAACAUGUGUGAAGGAAAAUACCGUGAAAUACAUGGAAAUGCUUGAGGGUAAACUGUGCAGCUGCACGUGUCCUCUGCUUGGAAAAGUGUGGGAAGCCGACUUGGAAACUUGUCGGUUGCUUAUCCAGAGCCUGCAACUCCAGGAAGCCAGUGGAGGCCCAUCUGUGGAAGAUGAGAGGCAGGUGGAGGAUGCAGAGGGGGCUGUCCGUGCAGACACUGCAGCCGUCCACCCCAGGCCCCACUCCGAAGACGAGAGGAAGACCCCUUUGCAGGCAUUUGAAGAAUGGAGGGCUCCCCCGAUCCCCUCUCCGCAUGGCGCUGCAGGAGAGCAGAAGGAGGAAUCUUACGUCCUCUCUGCAGAACUUGGAGAAAAAUGUGAAGCUAUAGGCAAGAAGUUAAUGCACUUGGAAGAUCAGCUUCACACAGCGAUCCGUAGUCAUGAUGAAGAUCUCAUUCAGUCUCUCAAGAGGGAGCUCCAGAUGGUGAAGGAAACUCUGCAGGCCCUGAGCCUGCAGCUCCAGCCAGCAAAGGAGGUGGGGGACAGGGAGGCCGCAGCUUCCUGUGUGACAGCUGGUGUCCGGGAAGCACAGGCCUGAGGCGUGCUGGGAUGGGGAAGGGGUGGGCUGCCACGUCAUCCGUGCGGGCUCGGGGGGCUGCUCCCCUCCUCCGCAUCACUGAUGGGACUGAAUCCAUCAUGGAGAUGCAGAGCCUUGAGGUCUUCCGGCGGAAAGAUGGUCCCUGUUCGUCCUUGUGAGGCUGAGAUUGGGGAGUCUGCAAAUUGGAAUAUGGAGAAGAGGGAACAAUUUGCUGAAUUUUCUUGUAACUGUCACGCAGAGAUUUCUUUUCCGUGUCAUUCGUGGGAGUAGCCCGCAUGGGAUUAGAAAAUCUUUCCAUCUCAGCCCCCAUUAGAGGGGAGUUGGGAUGAAUCCUCUGGCAAAAAUGUCUCCCUUUCCUAUACCGUUUUGCUUUCUGCUGCAAAUGAAAUAUUUCCUGAUUCAAGAGCCUAUAAAAAGGAAACUGAGCAGAAGACUCUGUCACCAUACCUGUGACACUACUGUCCUACGGGCGCAUGAUCUAAGAAAGCUAAUUAACCCCACAGUCUGGAAUUAACAGCCUUUCAGCUUCCCUCUCCUGUAAUUUAGUGCUGUAUCAGAAAAAUUGAUAUUCAACUUGCAAAAAUAUUUUUGGUAAGGCACCAGCCCCUCAGUUUUCCUUUUGUGGCAAUUACUAUAUCUGCAGAAAGGAUCUCUAAGAGUCUCUGUUUCAUCAGAACAUUCUGAAAUUGACCUACAGUGAGGGCAUGGAUGGAUCAGGAGACUUGUAUAAACCUCUGGAGCCUCUCCUGUUUUCCUGUGGCAUCUCUUCCACUCGGUGCCAGGCAGUGCAGCACUCAGCAAAGCAGCACAGUACUCGGUAACACAGUGCAGUACUCAGUAGGGCAGGACAGCACUCUCUAGGGCAAUGCAGCACUCAGUAAUUCAGGAGCAUCGCAGGCCCCUGCUGCGCUGCUCCUUUGGCCUAGCUGGGCCUAGCUGUCAAGACAGCUGCCAAACAGGCUGAGUUCAAUUAGACAGUAUUUCCCAAAGUGCACGGGGGAAGGCGGCCCCAAGAGAUGCUCCACAAACAAAUGGGUCACCUUUACGGUCAAGUCGCUUUGGUAAACAUACCAUGCCAUAAUGCCUACUUCGAGAGCCACAACGCGUGCCAGGGUAGUAUUCUAUGAGACAGCCUGUACUAAAGAUUUUGUCUAACCGCAAACUUCCCAAGUUGAAUGGAUCAUGUAUUUCUUUUUUUUUUUCAUGUAGAUGCUAGUCAUAUCCCACGGAUCUAGUGUUGUGCAACACUGCAUUCUCUGGGGAAGUCCUAGUCCAAACACUGAUUUAUACCAUUUCGAUAUAUGUGUUGGAGACCAAUAGUCAAACUUUUGCAGCGCGUUGAACUUAAUAACUACCUGCCACGGUUUGGGAAAUUUAAUAGAGUCAUUAUUCUUUUUGUGCUUUGUUUGUUUGUUUUUUGUUCUCAUUCAUAUGCAUAAGGUAGUGAUCUUCCUGCCUUCACUAGGAUCCAUGGACAUGAGACCAUUUUUGUCAUUUCCUGAAGUCACACUGCUGUUUCCGGAAGGCAUCUGGGGCUUUGCUGAGCAGGUCUCCCGGCCUCGGUCGAGGAGAUGCCCCUGCCUAAGCCAGCAACUGGCCAGGGUCCAGGAAGCCGAGCAAAGGCACAAUAUGUGAAUUUGCUGAUUGUGCUCCCUACGGGCUUAUCUUGAGAGGUUUUGAAAAUACACUCUACAUAUUUUAAUAAUAAGUGUAAUUAGUCUGGUUUUUUCCAUGAUGGACCAAAUUCCUGAAUUAUUUAUGAUUGUGUCUAAAAACAGUUCUGAACUAGUCACGUGGCUCUUGGAAUCCUUGAAUGAAUUCCAGUGAAGCAAAAGAUGGGAAGAGUCAGGAUUGAUCACAUGACCCAUAACAAAUUCCUCCUUUGACAUUAAUUAGUCUUUUUAAAAAGCUUCCCAGACAUAAAACAUCUUGACAGUCACUACCCGAGUGUUUUGUAUUACUCAGACACCAUCAUGAAAUAAUUCUGUGAGUUCAUGAUAUAUGUGAAAAUUCCAGAAGUUAAUAACUGCUUCGAAUGUGCCCCAAAUCAGGGUUUUUUUGGUACCUCCGGUGGACAGCAUGUUCAUUUCCUUGCUGAGACACCUGACCAAAUUCAAGUAUUGGGGCAGAUGUGUCAUUCUUUAACCAUUUUUACUGUUGUUGUUUGCCCAGUGGGAAGGAACCCUUGUCUGUAACUUAUCUCUAGUCUUCGCUUGGUCUUAGGGUGUCAUCCAGGAAACCUGCUAAAGGCCAGGGUGUUUCCUCUGGCUACACAACCUUCUCAGGACAACCCCACUCUCUAAAGCCACUUUGUCCCUGGAAGACCCAGGACCGUGUAUUCCCAACCAUACUGCAGCCCAGUUGUUGUCAGGGCAGCAUAAAGAUAUCCAGGAGAAGUUAGGGCUUGGAUUUAAAAGCAACAAAACAACAAUAAUAAAAAUGUAUGUUGUUAUGGAAACAGCCAAGACCACAAGCAAAAGCACAUACUGAAAACGAUGACUUAGAAUCUGAUUUCACUGUGACAUGGUCUAAGAGAGUGAUAGGUUACACUGCUCACCUUGCUGGAAUGCUGGCCUCCACCUGGCCACGCAUUUCUCUUUCACCAGCCUGAAUUAUGAAAUGGUUUCCAUCAGUAACAGUCCCAGUUCCUUCCAACAUCCUGAAAUUUCAAGAUUGAACUGAUCCUUCCCCAAAGCAAAUUAGUUUGUAGCUUUGGAAACUUGUCUUCCUCUGCAGCACGGCUGGUUUCCCCACCCCAGAAACAUGGAAGGGUCAGUCCCAUGCUAAGCCCUUUACAAUCGUGAUGUCCUAGAAUCCCCAUAUCAGCCUUAUAAGAGAGGUGUUUGUAGGUGCUGCAGCUGAGCCUUAGGAAGACUAAUUCCCUUUCCCCACGGGACAGAGCUGGUAAGACAUGGAGUGAGAGUAAACCUAACAGAGACAGGCAGCAUGCUCUUAGCUAAUGCUCUUCCUGAAGUUCCUUUAAUGUCCUUUCGGGACUUUGAGCCAUGGAACUUAUUCAUUCACCUGGUUAUUAAUGCAUGGCCACCUUAGUAAUCCUAGCUGGAGAGUCAGCCAAAUUGAGCCGAGGGCAAGCGAGGCUUCCUCAGCCCCAGGGGCCUCAUGGUGAAGUCUAGGCUCAGACAGUCUCUAACAAACCUCUUCCCUUCAACCAUGGUCCUGACCUAACCCUUCCCCAGUCAUCCCAGAAACAACCACUCACAGCCUGACACUGGACAGAUUUCCUUGAAGGUCCCCACCAAAUUGGUGUUUUCCAAAAAGCAUUUGAGUCAUAUGAAUUCUGUGCUAUGGAGAAAGCAAAGAUGCCCUCAUUGGGCAAUGCCUUCUUAUACAUGUAAUUCAAUGCUUUUAAUAUCCUCCCCUUAUCUAAUCUUUGAAUUUUGUCAUAUAAUUUAUUGCUUUAUUAAGUUUACUUUUUGUUACACAAAAUUAAAACUUAUAUCCAAGCCAUGGUGCACCUUGAUUUUUUUUGUCUACUGGAGUAUGGAUGAUAAGAAAAUGUAUCAGGUUCAUUCAUCUCAUUUUUCUAUUACAGGAUGAUUAAUUGUACAAUUAUUUGCAUCACA